UUUAAUUCGGAAGGGCUGAGAUCCGAAGAUCUCCCCGGUCCUCAGCCCCUACAAAAGUGGGAAAAAAAUCAAAAUAACAGGAUUUUUGUGUGCGUCUCUCUCUCUCUCUCAAUUUUGAGGUGUAAUGGGUACCUUCAAACUUGAGCCUUCUCAUAUGGGUAUUCGCCAAAACCUCCAAAUUUCCGCAACCAAUUUCACUCCACGAACACUAAGAAUCAGCUGCGGCCUAAGAAGUGGGCCCAGGAAACCGAUGUGGAGAACAAGAGUGCUUUCCACAGAGGCAAUUCAAGCUGUACAGUCACUAAAAUUGGCACAAAAAUCCCCAUCCAGAUUAGAGCAAGUUUUCAGCAAUAAACUCAGUAGGCUUUUGAAAGCUGAUUUAUUAGAUGUGUUGGCUGAGUUACAAAGGCAGAAUGAAUCGGAUUUAGCCCUCAAGGUGUUUAACUUUGUGAGGAAGGAACUAUGGUACGAACCGGAUCUGACUUUAUUCAACGACAUGUUAAUGAUGGUGGGGAGGAAUAAAAUGAUUGAGAUUGCUGAACAACUUCUUCUAGAAUUAAGAAAUGAAAGCUUAGAACCAGACGCUAGGUCCUAUACUGAGAUGAUUGGAGCCUAUUUUAAAGUUGAAAUGGUAAAGAAGGCAAUGGAUACAUACGAGCUGAUGAAGGCUUCAGGUUGUGCCCCAGAUAAGUUAACCUUGACGAUUUUGAUAAGGAAUCUUGAAAAGGCUGGUGAGGGGGCACUUGCAGCGGUAUUGAAGAAGGAAUGUACUGAAUAUGUUGAAUAUCCCGAGAAAUUCCUUGAAGAAGUUGAAAGGACGCACUUUUCCUUUUUUACAGCCGAAGAGAAGGUCACUUAGACUUGUUUGACGAUAUCUAGCACGUCUGCCAUCGGAUACAAGAGCUUUUCUUUGGAGCCGAACCAAUUUGUCCCCGAAAGCAGGCAUCUACAAGAAACUUGAUGAUUUACUUAUAUUGGUUCCCAAAUAUUGAGCUCCAAGCAUCUCAAACUCGAGGUAUCUUGUAGAUCAGAUCGUUAGUUGAAUGAAACUAUUUUCCUUUGUCAGUAUAUUUUAAAGGAAUUUGUCAUCUUGCAAGCUAUUGGUAUUGGUGUUUCGCUACAAUUAUAAGUUCCAAGGAAUGCCUGAAAUACCUUAGUACAUUAAGAACCCAAGUGUCUGAUGGGAUAUUCGGUUGGCCUCUUAUAAAAUUUUGUAUAUAUUAUCAUACAUUCGGUGAGA